AUGAAAUUCAACCCCGUCAUCUCUGCCGUGGCCAUGGCCGCUCUGGCCCAGGCCCUGCUGAUCCCCCAGAACGUUGAUGCCCUUGAGGCCUUCAACACCCUUCUUACCAACGACGUCGAGGCCAACUCCCCCAACCACCACAAGGCCGCCAAGUUCGAGAAGAUUGUCAUUGCCAACGAGGACGAAUCCGAGAUUGCUCCUCUCGUCAUGAACGACAAGGAGCAAGUCCCCGACUCGUACAUCGUCGUCUUCAAGGAGGAUGUCGAUGCAUCCACCGCCGCCUCUCACGAGUUGUGGGUUGAGCAGGUCCACACCGAGCAGGUUGCCUCUCUCGCCAAGCGAGAUCUCCAGCACCCCUUCCUGGCCAAGGCUCAGUCCGGUCUCAAGCAGGCCUUCUCCAUCGGAUCCAACUUCAAGGGUUACACCGGUACUUUCCACGCCGACACCAUUGAGCUGCUCCGACGACACAAGGACAUUGCCUACGUUGAGAAGGACUCUAUCGUCCAUGCCAACGAGUUUGCCACUGAGCUCGAUGCUCCCUGGGGUCUUGCCCGAGUCUCCCACCGAAAGACCCUUAACCUGGGCUCUUUCAACAAGUACCUCUACGAUGACGUUGGAGGAGAGGGAGUGACCUCUUACGUUAUUGACACCGGUGUCAAUGUCGGACACGACGACUUCGGAGGCCGAGCCAAGUGGGGUAAGACUGUUCCCUCUGGCGAUGCCGACGAGGAUGGAAACGGUCACGGAACCCACUGUGCGGGUACUAUUGGUGGCACCAAGUACGGUGUUGCCAAGAAGGCCAACAUCGUCGCCGUCAAGGUCCUUCGAUCUAACGGUUCCGGAACCAUGUCCGACGUUGUUGCUGGUGUCGAGUUUGCCGCCAAGUCUCACGCCGAGCAGGUCAAGAAGAACCCCAAGGGAUUCAAGGGUUCUACCGCCAAUAUGUCUCUUGGUGGUGGCAAGUCUCCUUCCCUUGAUCUUGCCGUCAACGCUGCUGUCAAGGCUGGCAUUCACUUUGCCGUUGCUGCUGGUAACGACAAUGCCGACGCUUGCAACUACUCCCCUGCUGCCGCUGAGAAUGCCGUCACCGUUGGUGCCUCUACCCUCUCCGAUGCUCGAGCCUACUUCUCCAACUACGGAAAGUGUGUCGACAUCUUUGGCCCUGGUCUCAACAUUCUCUCCACCUACAUUGGCUCCAAGCAAGCUGUUGCCACCCUCUCCGGUACCUCCAUGGCCUCUCCUCAUAUUGCAGGUCUGCUUUCUUACUACCUGUCUCUGCAGCCCGAGUCUGACUCUGACUUCGCCACCACCUCCAUCACCCCCGCCCAGCUUAAGAAGAACCUUAUUUCUUUCGCCUCUGUUGGUGUUCUGUCUGACAUUGACGCUGACACUCCUAACGUUCUGGCUUACAACGGUGGAGGUGAGGACCUCAAGGACUUCUGGGCCGCCAAGUCUGCUGAGCAGAUUGAGCUCGAGGAGAACAUUCACGAGGCCGUGGACCAUGCUGGUAACUUGAUCACCUCCAUCCGAAAGAUUCUGUUUGGUUUCUAA